AUGUAGACUACAACAGUAAUAAACUUUGUGUUUGACUUAAGUUGGCGGCGGACGAUGGGACGGUCUGACUGCGCAGUCUGGCGGGAUUUAACAGACUUUAUGAGGAGAUAUAUUUCCAUCAUUAAUAUUCAGGCUAUUACACCAGACUGCUCUCGUUCUGUAGAACUCCAGGAAUCAUGGGAUUGACACGUGGGUGGUGACGCAACAGGAAGUGUUGACAUGAGAAAGGAGAGACGAGUCUGUAAACGAUGACAGGAGACACAUGGACUCCAGAUCAGGUGUUGGAUGUGAAGAAAGAUGCUCAUAACGCUGUGUUAUAUGUACCUGUGGCUGCGCUUUCAGCGAUAUUACACGAGCGUGAUCCGCAGCGCGUUAUACAGACUGAGCGCCGAUCACAGAAGCGUCACUUUCUGCGCGCUGAACACACCAAAGCGCUCGCGCGAGGACCAGCUCUUCUUGCAGCUGCGCAAUAAAGUCAUUUACAUCUCACAGCUGCAGGCGUGUGAUGACCUCAGCGAGUGGACGCUGCUCAUGGGCUCUUCUCUGGCACGCCGUGCUCGACAGAUAGAGAACAUCACCUUCAUCAUAGAGGCGACAUCUGGCCAGAAAGCCUGCUCGUCUGCUGCGAGGACACAUGAGAAAGUGCUGAAGUGGUCAGACUACUGUCUCCCGCUGGCACACAGUCCUGGGCAGCCGUACAGAGCCGUGGCUGAAGCCAGUGUGGAGAACUUCCGUCGUCUCGCUGUGGCCUUUAUGGAAGAUCGACUACUGAUGGAAAAUGGCCUGAUACCUGAAAGAAUAGUUUCCGUGCUGCUCAGAGAAUCCACACUGAGAGAAUUGCAGCAGUCAGACAGCAGCAGAAAGUCCACGGGUGCUCAGACCAAUCUUUCACCCAAGCGAGACGUUCUCUAUUCUACGCUCCCCAGAAAGAGCAGUCUGCGACUGAGCGCCCGACGCGACUCGGACACACAAAGCUGCAAGGAGGAGCGGCCGGAGGAACCGGAACGCACGUCCGAGCACCGGCACGGGGAGGGACACCUCCUCCAUCUCUCCAGCUGCCAAGAGUGUCGGGAGCUGGAGAACAGCACCAUCCUGUCGGUGAAGUUCGCUUCCGUGGAGGACAUUCCGGAUCUCCCGGACGAUUACACCGCCGCGGACGGCGAGGAAGAGGAGAGUGAGGGCUUCUUGGGUCGGAGCGGGCGGGUGAGCGCGAGCGGGAAACCACCUAACGUGCUGGUGUUCACGGGUGGCUGCGAGGAGCAGUUCCUGAGGGUGCGCUUGCUCCUGGCCGAAUGCGUCGACACCGAGAGCUACGUUAUCUACCACCUGCUGCCGCAGCAGGCUCUGAACGAACCCUGGCCGGAGAAUGCGCUGCUGCUGGUGCUCGCCACCGACAGCAACCUCACGCCGCAGCUUCAGCUGCGAUUCCUGUCCUACCUGAGCCAGGGCGGGAAGGUGUUGGGCCUGUCGUCCACGCUGUGCCCCGCCGGACUCGCACUGCGUCCCAGAGAUGCGCAGAAGGACCAGAUCUGCACACUGACCUUCACCAAAUCGGACAGCACCGAGCUGCGGCUGAGCGUUCUGAGCAGCGGGGGCAUGUAUGUGCGGGAGUCGAAGGACGGCGUCGCAGGAGAGGUGGAGCUCUGGGGGGAGAUUGACGAACGGGAAGAGAAGCACAUGGCCAUCGUUCGAGUGACUCAUGGAGCGGACAGCGGCGAGGCCGUGCUGUGCCAGGUGCGUUUGGAGGUGGCACCAGACGCUCAUCUGGCUUCAGGGUUCUCUGAGCUGAAGAUGAGCAACGCUCGACGUUAUGAGGUUCUGACUGAGAUCCUGACGUCUUUGGGUCUGAGCUGUGAACUGACUCAGGUGCCCCCCCACAGCCCGCUCUAUCUGCUCACCACACGACAGGAGCAGCGGGACAGGUUUCUGCACUGGUUGAAGGGGCAGGUGGAUGGGUCGGGUGGAGUUCUGCACACACGUGCGGGCGGCUUCAGAGUGUUCCGUGCCGGAGAGAAAGCGGGCGAUCUGGGUGCUGGCGAGCGAGAGUUACACACCGACCCGCCGCAGCCCUUCUCUGAGCUCUUCAGUCUGCAGACGUACCAACAGAACCUUCAGACUCGCUGCCUGGGCCAAACUGUCCUGUACGCAGACGUCACAUCCACCACCAUGGAUCUGCUGGAGAGUUUGAUUCUGAAGGUGCCAGAGGAAAUGGGUUUAAUCGCAAUAGCUGCUCGUCAAACUCAGGGCAAAGGUCGGGGGGGAAAUGUGUGGUUGAGUCCGCUGGGCUGUGCGAUGUUUACGCUUCAUCUGCAGAUUCCUCUGAAGUCACAGCUCGGUCAAAGAGUUUCAUUUCUGCAGCAUCUCGUCGCUCUUGCUGUGGUGGAAUCUGUGCGCACGCUGCCGGGAUACCAGGACAUUGACCUGAGACUGAAGUGGCCCAAUGACAUUUACUACAGUAACCUGAUGAAACUGGGCGGAGUUCUGGUCAAUUCCACCAUCACGGGACAAACAUUUAACCUUCUGAUCGGCUGCGGGUUCAACGUGAGCAACAGCAACCCGACCGUCUGCAUCAAUGAUCUGGUUCUGCAGCACGGCUGCGGUCUGGACGCACUCACUCCUGCGCAGCUCAUCGCUCGCACACUCACACUACUGGAGCGCUUCAUGGCAGACUUUCAGCUGUGCGGGCCGCACGCUCUCCUCCCGCUCUACUACAAGAGAUGGGUGCACAGUGGCACACGUGUGCGUCUGUGGAGCGAGGACGGUCCUGAGGCGGAGGUGGUGGGUCUGGAUGAGAAUGGGUUUCUGCAGGUGCUCUCAGGAGAUCAGCGGCUCAUCUCCGUACAGCCCGAUGGAAACUCCUUUGACAUGUUGAGAAAUCUGGUGGUGACAAAGAGCAGCUGAAGCCACUGCACUCGUUUCAGGUCUUUUCACAUCACACAUCAACAAUAAGAAUCAUAAUAGUUGAAUUUCUUUCUGUAAAUGUUGUAGUGUUGGGUACCUUCUCUUCUGUGGAACACAGCUAUUUUGAGAAAUGUCUCUGUGGUUUUGUGUUUGUACAAAGGUGGUCAAUGGGGUUCAAUUGUUUUCGGUGACCAAUGUCCUUCGAAAUAUCUUCUUUUGUGUUCUGCAGAAGAAACAAACUCAUACAGGUUCCUUCUAAUGCCUCUUCAGUUAAGUUAAAUCAGAUGUGUGGGCUCCUGGACACUGCGGUGUGUUUGUGGUUCAGAUUUUGUGUGUGCAUUUCCUUUAACAUGCCAGCAGUGUUUGUGUGUGUGUGUGUGUGUGUGAGCAUGCGUGUGUGUAACACAUUUAACUGUACACUCAGUAUGAAAGCACAUUCUUUCUAUUUGUAAAAAUCUAAUCAUACUUUUCUUCAUGUCUUAUGUUGUCAGUGUCAAUAUGUGUGUAAAUGUAGACGCUCUUGUCUAGUUUAUCUGCUGGUUUGGUUUUAUAUCAUUCUUACUGUAUAUUUUUUUAUUUUACAUGUGUAUCAGAGAUUCAGGUCAUCUGUCAAUAUCAGUCAAUGUUUUGUAAUAAUUCACAGUUUCUUAAAUGCAUUCCAAUAUUACAAAUAAAAUCUCACUGUUUAUAAUCAUA